GUGCUGACUGAGAUAUUAAUGCACAGUGGUACUUGACGAUUUAAGGCUUUCAUUCCAUUUACAAACUCAGAUUAACCCAUCAAAGAUGUUUAAUAUGUGGUCCUCCAACCCCAAUAUUCAACAACAAAACACCGGAAGAUGCCAUGAACUUUUUCAGAGAUACCGCGGGAAAUUGUCGUAACUUCCUGUAUUGUGUUGGUAUGGUGGAGUUGGCGCGACAUUUCUGGGUGUAUUCUUUGGAAGUUCUUGAGCAUUUUCCCAUGCUUUAGAUACCUAAGGAGCUGCAAAGACCCCUCAUGUUAUUCCUUAGAUACCCUAUCCUUGCAAUUCCAUUUGUGGAAGUGCAUAGGCCUUAUUGAUCAUGGACGAAAUAUCAGAUCCCAUGCGUGGUGACCAUGGGAAUUCAGAUUCGGCAUCUGAGACCUUUGUGUACCAUGAUGAAGAUUCAGUGGAUAUUUACGCAGGCCUGGAGAGUAGUCCGGAGAAGCAUGGAAAUACAGGGAAGGCAUGUAGAUCCUCGGCCUCUCCCAGGCAGAGCGAAUCUAUGGACUUGUUUGAAGAAAUUAUUGUAGAGGAACGUCUUAAGAAAGAGGCAUCUUACGAUGAGAUGAAGACUAACUUUGAUGAAGCUCAAAGUCAACUACAAGAAUUGAUCCAGAAGUUGCAACAGCAGGAGACAAAGAAUAGGACAUUGCAUGCAGAGAAUACAAAACUUAAGAAGAAUAUUUGUGCACUCAUCAAAACAGCCAGAAGUGAGAUUGGUCGUAAGGACGCAGAGAUAAAUAGACUCAGUCAAAGGACUGGCAGGGGUAACUGCGGUCAGACUUACCAUUGGACUCAGUCCAACCAACACAUGAGUCAAGCCUCGACCAGAGCAAGCUGUAAAGAAGAUGAUGGUACAGCAUCUGUUCGUGAAUCACGUCAUGAAAGAGGGAACUGUGAUGUGAAGGAUCAGGCAAAGCAAAAACCAGUGCAGGAUCAGACAAGGCAAACACCAGUGCAGGAUUCGGCAAGGCAAAAACCAUUCACACCACUGCAGGAUUCGACAAAGCAAACACCACUGCAGGAUUCGGCAAAGCAAACACCAGUGCGGGAUUCGGCAAAGCAAACACCACUGCAGGAUUCGGCAAGGCAAAAACCAGUGCCGGAUUCGGCAAAGCAAACACCAUUCACACCACUGCAGGAUUCGGCAAGGCAAAAACCAGUGCAGGAUUCGGCAAAGCAAACACCAUUCACACCACUGCAGAAUCAGACAAGGCAAAAACCAUUCACACCACUGCAGACAUCUUCAACACUUUCCACAACAGAAGUGUCAAGAGCAAUGGAUUCGAGUGUUGUGCUCCGUGACCAUGUUGAUAAGCCAGUUAACAAUCACAGCAGUACCUCAAUACCUCUGGCAUCUGGAGAUGGGCAUGUGUCUGAGUCUCAACAUUUACUGGGUCAUGGACACUCUUAUCCAAAGAUCACUGCCUCAUCUUCAGUAAAAGGCAGAGGUCAAAAUGAAAUGGAAUUACAGAAAGACUCACAGAUGGCACCAUCAGGCUCUGAGUCAGAACAGAACCACAGUGAGAGGCAUUCUUCCAGGCCCAGUAAUAUGCGACCUAAUCAUUCAACUUCGGACAUGUUGAUCUCAGGUAAAUCCAAAGAUCGACCACAAAGCCACAGGAGUCCACCUCCACAUCAUAGUUCAUCUUCCUCUCACUCGUCUAAAGGAUCAUCUAAAGACUAUUCAGAAGACCUUUGUUUGGCAAGAAGUAGAGUUUCCAGAGAAACGGAAGGUUCUAGCGGCAGUCAUCGGUCUCGGCAUUCCAUUCGCUCAGAAAGGUCCAGAGUUUCUUCUCGCCACAGGAGAGAUAAAACUCCAACAAGAGACUAUCAUAAAACAGAAGAGAGAUGGAAAGAAGGUGCCAACAGAGAAAGCACAAACCCCAGGACAGAUAAAAGCAGGGAGCAUGAACGCAGGACAGAGAAAGAAAGGUCUCGGAGGAAUGGAGAAUCCACUAGUAAGAGUGAGAAGCCGAGGACCAGGGACAGAGUUCUAGAGAGAGAGCUUGAUGCUACAGAAGGUAGAAUAUGCUUGUCCUCUGCCAGACCAGAACAUUGCUUAGACUACUCCUCUCACAAGAAAGACCAGUGGAAGAAAAGUGAAGGUGGAAGGAGACAAAUCACAGAAAAGUUGGUGAACACAGCGGACAAAAAAAUGAAGGACAAUGCAACGUCUGAAGAACACACACACUUUCCUUCUCCUGUUGGACCAGGAAAUGAAGGGGACUUUCACUGUUCCAACAAAAAGACUGUAAGGGAAGGUGAUGAGACCAAGAGGACUACUGAGAAUGGACACGUGGAAAUGAAGGUUGAUUCUGAACAUACUACUGAUAGUGAAAGGGAACGGGAGAAAGAUCUAAACACACGUCAGGCAAACGACGCGAUGCCAUCUGAAGAAAGCAGUCCCAACAGAAAAUUGUCUUUUAUGGAAACUCUCAACCUCACACUGUCACCUGUUAAGAAACCUAAUCAGCUAACUGAGUGUGGCACACACAACGGUGAAUCGGAGAAAGAUGGAGAACGUUCUCCAUCAUCUUUAGAAAGGACUAAUCACAAUGACACAGGUGAAGAAUUUUUUGUCAUAGAUGAAAUUGAGGGAUCUGUUGAAGAGAUCCAUGGGAAUGAUGACAUGCCGGUGUCUCUGACUUCAAGCGCAGCACAAGCACAAGACCAUGAGUGCUGUGGCAAAACAUCUACACAGGAAGGGGAAAACCCUGUGCUUGAUUGUACGGAAGUUCCAGUAAGGUCCAGUUCACAAACUGAUUUGUUAAAAGUGCAUAAUGAGAAGGAAGCUGUAGAAUGUAUUUUGCCCAUUUCAGCAGAUGUUCAGCAGGCUGUGGAAACUACUGAGACCAACAUGAAGUGCUUAAUUCCACGCGAAGAGAUCAGUGAUGUGACUUAUUCUGCGUUUUCGACGACAACUAACUCGGCAGCCGUAACGGAAGACGAUGCUGCCACUUCUGUUAGUCCGAGUGAGAAUCCAGUUUGUGAAGGUUGUUCGGACGUUGAAAAAGGCAUCGCAGAUGCUGCAGAGCCAAUAACUCUUGCUUGCACUGGAAAUUCUGAAGAGAACGGUGAAGACGAUACAUCCGAUACCAAGACAACAUCCUCUCUGUGUUGUGGUGUGUCACAAGAGGGGCCAGUUUCCAUAAUGGAUUCAGAAAUAAGUACAGACAAAGAAAUGGCUCCUGCUGAAAGCUGUGUUUACAUAGAUUCUGUAUCUAGUACGGUUAACUUGGAGACCUCCCCCUCAUGCCCUAGCAGUUGUGUAGUUCUCGUGGAUGUUCAAGAAGAUUCAAACAUGGAAACAGGAAGUGCAGAAGAGGUAGCCUCUCCCAGUCCAGUGAAAGAACAGUUGAAUGAGCUGCCUAAAGUGAGUAGCACUACAAAAAAGGACUCGGAAUUGCAAGAAAUAGUAGUUGCUAGCUCAAGCGAAACCCCGGCUGAACUAGCAAAGGACUGCGAACCAGAUUCAACAGAGAAUACAGAGCCCUCUAGCUUUGCUGCACUACCCCAAGAUGAGGAUUCAAUGAUGCUCACUCUUAAAUCCAUCAAACUCAUUCCUGAAAUCAUUAGUCCUCUCACAAGUCCAGUUCGUCAGGUGAAGAAAGCGCAGCCACCGCCUCCUGGGAAGCAACCGCAUAUCAAGAGUCUCAGUAAGGAUCUCCAGAAUGCCACUCUUCCUGCCGAUACCAGCUCAAGAACUCUGGAUGUGAAUAAAGAAAAUAAACAACCUGACUGUUCCAUGCCUACUCAGGAAGAUUCUGCACCUGCCAAUCUUGGCAACAGCGAACACGAUGAACUUGAGGAGGGGGAGAUUGUCAGCGAAUGUGAAAGUGAGGAACCCCCUGUGACUGAAGAGAGUCCCAAGACCUUCAAAGAGAUCAAGAAAUCUACAACUUCGAAAACUCAACAAAGCCCUCGAACUCGCCUUAUGAAAGUGGCUUUGCUGAAAAAGUCUGUGGAUUUACAACAGAAGUCUGGCCGUAAAACCACGGGGGCAGUUGCAAACAGAAGUCCUACCUGUAAAACCAAGGGGGCAGUUGCGAACAGAAGUCCUACCUGUAAAACCACGGGUGCAGUUGCGAAGAGAAGUCCUGCCUGUAAAACCAAGGGGGCAGUUGUGAUCAAAAGUCCAACCUGUAAAACCAAGGGGGCAGUUGUGAUCAAAAGUCCAACCUGUAAAACCAAGGGGGCAGUUGUGAUCAAAAGUCCAACCUGUAAAACCAAGGGGGCAGUUGCCAACAGAAGUCCUACCUGUAAAACCACGGGGGCAGUUGCGAAGAGAAGUCCUACCUGUAAAACCAAGGGUUUAGUUGCGAACAGAAGUCCUACCUGUAAAACCAAGGGGGCAGUUGCGAAGAGAAGUCCUACCUGUAAAACCACGGGGGCAGUUGCCAACAGAAGUCCUACCUGUAAAAGGCGCUUUAAAACUGUUCCUCCACCUGACCCCAAAACCUUGCCACCUUCAUCCACCACUGUGGAGGAAAUCAUGAACAUGUUUAAAGUCAUUCGGUCCCAACUGAGAAGAAAAUAUAUGAAGCUUCACAAAACCUUUCCCGUGAAGACCUUCAACUCUGUCAUUGAAAUGUCUAAUUUGUCUUUUACAGAUUUGGUCAGUAGUUUAAACUUGAAUAAAUUGUGGGGCCAAGAGGAUGAUGUCAAAGCCAAGUUGAAAAACAUCAUUAUUAAUGUAAUGAACAAAGUAGCUAAUAAUGGAAUUGUCAAUCGUAUUUUUGAACAAAACUCAGACAACCUAAAGUCAAAGUUGUGGUCUUUUGUGGACGGGCAACUUGACUUCUUAUUUAAGGAGAUUCAGAUGACCCUUGCAAGUACAUCCAAGCAAUUGGAUAACAAACAAACGUCACUUAGAGAAGAUGAUAUUGAGAAUCCUGAGAAAAAGACCAAAGUAGAAAAGCCCCAAGAAAAGUCUCCCUCAGGAAGUGGCAAUACAGCAAAGAGGCAGCAAGAGGAGGUUUCAGUGAGCAAAGCUAAAGAAACCCCCUUAAUAUCCACACCAUGCCCUCUUCGAAAGCCUGUAUACCAGACUGGACUUGGAAGUAGAGGAAAGAAUCUGAAGAUGAAUACUGAGGAAACCAAUGAAGAACCACGUGCAUCUGGGUCCACUCAAGAGAUUGGGCACCCUACACCAAUGGACAAGUCAGUAGACAAUGUUAACGCCUACGUCCGUCGACUAUCACACUCUGGGUCAAUGCUGGACAAGUCUGAGUUUGAACUUCUCACUGAACAACAAACAUCCAGCUUAACAUUUAAUUUGGUCUCAGAUUCCCAGAUGGGAGAUAUUUUUAAGAGUCUCCUACAAGGUUCUGAUCUACUGGAAAGCAGUGUUUCACUUGGCGACAAUCAAAGCUGGCUUUUAGGCACACCCAAAAAAGAGCUAUCUUCUGAAAGGAAUUUCCUAACAGGAAUGAUGACGCCUUCCAAAUUUGGUACACCUCCCAAGCUUAUGGCAGCAUGGGCCUCCAUUUCACCAUGCAAGUUAGCCUCACCAAAUCCUAAAGUUCGAAUGCCCCUGAAUCCUGCAGCAUUAGAUGAAAGUUGCCUCUUAGAGACUCCUUCCAGUCCUGUUCCUAAUAGAGCAUCACAAACAACUGCUGUCAGUUCGCAAAGAACAUAUUCCAUUUUGGCUGAAGACUUGGCUGUCUCUCUCACCAUCCCUUCACCUCUGAAAACAGACAGCCACCUGAGCUUUUUGCACCCAGUCAACGAGGAUCCGAUGCCUACUCCAGAGGAAGUCCUAAAUGCUCAUUUCAGUGAGGAUGCUGUUCUAGAAUGCGAGGACGCUACAGAGCAUGACAUCCAUCUGUCGCUUGACACUGAUAACUCCAGCUGUGAGUCAAGUGCUGGACGUACCUGGGAAAACACAGAACCAAAACUAUUUCAUUUCAAGCCUCAUGUGCCUAUGCAGGCAGUGGUGAGCGAGAGGUCAAACGAUCACUUUAUUGUCAAAAUAAGACAUACAUCCACAGUUAGUGCUAUAGUCCCAACUCCCUUAGCUGGUCAGGAUGUUCUCCCAGAUUCAGCAGAAGGUCCAGCAAUCCUGGCUGCUGUCGGAGACCCUGUCAGCUCCACAGGACAAGACCACUGGGUUCCUGGAGAAUGUGCAGUGGAAAACUCUGGAUCUGAAGGCACACCAACCGAAAUAGCCACAUCAUCCGACAAAGAUGACACUUGUGGAUCACCAGGCUCAAAAAUGAAUUUGCCAGAAAUGUCCGUUGUGCCAACUGAAGUUCAGCCAAGUCAAGCCGAGGCCGAUGCGUCUGUGUGUCAGGAUGUGGGGAUCGGUGUGCCUCUUGAGGGUGGCACCACCGGUCAGUUGAGAAGAAAGAGAAAAAAGCACCAUACAGGGUCAAAGGCCAAACAGGCCAAAACUGAAGUGACCCCAGACAAACAUCACAAGAGAAAACACAAGAAGAAGAUGAAAAAUAACACGGAGCGGAAGAUGAAGUCCAAAUUGAGGAAAAAAAGCAAGACCCAAUCUCCAGCCCCAUCCCCAUCCCUAGUCUCACCUCAGCUCUCUCCCAGAAGUCUGUCUGCUAAGAAUGUGAUCAGGAAACGUGGUGAGGUGGUGGUGACGUGGACAAGGGAGGAAGACCGUGACAUACUGCUUGACUUGAAGAUGAAAGGACCGUCCAGGAGUACAUUCUCUACUUUAUCAGAAAAGAUGAACAAAUCCCCAGCUCAGAUCGCAGAGAGGUUCGCCCAGCUGAUGAAGCUCUUCAAGAAGAAAGGAAAGAUGGACAGCCCGUAGAACGAGACCUUGGACUGGGAUGCUGUAGCUGUGACUGGCUGUAGGCUAUUUUCUUUUGAAUUAUAGCAAAGGCAACCAUUUUAUGCUGCUAAACAGGAGAAUGCACUUUCAAAGUAGGCACAGAGACAGAUUUGUUGUCUGUUGUGCAAAAAAUAAUCGAUGAGAGGCGAAGAAUAAUUGCAGGUGUGGUUUUGGCUCCAGGGCUUUUUUCUUUUUUUUUUAAACACUUUUAUGUAUUUGCCAUUUUAAAUCAACAUUUCAGUAGAACUGAUUUGGAAUGGACUAUUUGCUAUUAAAAUACCAUGCAGAGCAGUUUGCUAUUCAUGUCUCUCUUCACCCCAUGAUCUUUGUAAGAAAGGUAAGAUAUUUUUUCAAAAGCAAACAUCCCCAUGGACAGAUAUAAUACAGUGAACAGGAUUUAUGUGCAGAAAAUUAAAUUGACUUUAAACCAGUUCCUCACAAUUGAAGGAAGUUGUACUGGAUACGUUCCAUUUCUUCUAUUACAUUGUCACAUAUCAAGUGAUCAAUGAAGUGUCAUAUUUAAGACACUGAGGACUAGGAUUCGACUUUAACAGCCCUGUGUUGGUUGACAUUUCAUAAACGUGUGAUCUUGAAGUGCAGAUGGCCUUGCAUUGUUUUGCAGACUCAUUAAAGUACAUAGACAUCCCCAUAGAUGGGUAGGAUGGGUUAAAGCAUUGUACAGUCCAGGUUGUCCAUUUGUUGCUUGAAAGAUUUUCUUGUCAUGCUUGUGAUUUCAGGACAAGUGCCUGUGUGAAUGUGAGUGUAUAUGGUGAUGUUCUGUUGUGUGUGUAUAUAUACUGUUGUGUUGUGUUUUGCUUUGAUUUCAUAUGAAUGAUAUUGGGAUUUCACUAUGAGAAUAUUUCUUAAAGAAUCCCAGCCUUAAGGUAUAUUUACUGUAUAUGAUGUACAUUUGUGCAAGG